CCCUCAUGAGUCAUAUCCCGUGAAAGCAUCGUUGCGAAGGGCGGACGGCUCCCUUUUCUAGUUUUCUUUGUGUACCGAGAGAGAGAGAGAGAGAGAGGAAAGAGGGUAGAUCUCAGUCAUCGUCCUCAGAAAACCUUGAAGAAAAAAAUGGGGCUGUCUUUCACCAAGCUUUUCAGUCGUCUGUUUGCUAAGAAGGAAAUGCGUAUACUCAUGGUGGGUCUUGAUGCUGCUGGUAAGACCACCAUUCUCUAUAAGCUCAAGCUGGGAGAGAUUGUUACCACCAUUCCUACCAUUGGAUUUAAUGUGGAGACUGUGGAAUAUAAGAACAUCAGCUUCACCGUUUGGGAUGUUGGGGUCAGGACAAGGUAUAUCCGUCCUUUAUGGAGACAUUACUUCCAAAACACCCAAGGACUUAUAUUUGUAGUUGAUAGCAAUGACCGAGACCGUGUGGUUGAAGCUAGGGAUGAGCUGCACAGAAUGUUAAAUGAGGAUGAGUUGAGGGAUGCCGUGUUGCUAGUGUUUGCAAACAAGCAAGAUCUCCCCAAUGCCAUGAACGCUGCUGAGAUAACUGAUAAGCUUGGCCUUCACUCACUCCGUCAACGCCACUGGUAUAUCCAGAGCACAUGUGCCACUUCUGGUGAAGGGCUCUAUGAGGGACUCGACUGGCUCUCGAACAAUAUUGCAAAUAAGGCAUAGAUGUCUUGGUACUGAGUUUUAGGUUGCAACAACAGCUGGAAUAUAAAGUCGUUCUUUCCUUUUGGAGUACUGGAUUUUGCCUUCCUGUUUAGUGUAACCUUUUCUACUAGUUUAUUGUUUCCUUUGCAGACAUCAUCGUUACUACCUGUAGUUUUCCGGAUUUUUUUUCUUUUCUUUUCAUGGUAUUACUUGGGACAGAAUUGUUUUUA